AGAAAGCAAAUUUUUAGGUUAUGUUACGAAUGUGGAACUUUUUUUAGUAAAGUUUAUUUAUGUGUUUACUGUGUAUCCUGAUCCAGAACGGAAUAACUACAUACUUAGUGAUUUGAAAAGAGGCUGAUAACAAUAUUAACCAAUCGUUAUGGCUCAUCGUUGUCUAAGGCUGUUACAAGUUAUUAGAAAUAGGACUUCAAUCCCUUGUAUAUUUAAAUCAACGUCUAUUAGUACAAAUAUUGAGCCUAAAUCGAUUAAAAUUAAUCAAAUAAAAACUGAAGACAACUUCACGUAUUUGGAUGAUCCAGACCAGUUUGGAACAUUGACAAAAAGUGUUAAAGUUAGAGAAGAUGAAUUCAGUGAUCCCGGCGACGUCCAAGAACAUGAAUACAUUCAAAACAAUCCAUUGCCCAACCAAAAGUUAACCACUAAACAGUAUGCAGAUUUAAUUAAGCAGUAUUUAUCACAUAAAAGACUCAAAGAGGCUAUUAAUGUGUUAGAAGUAAGGAUGUUGACUGUGGAUAGAGUUAAACCUGAAAAUUACAUUUACAAUAUAUUAAUUGGUGCUUGUGCUGAAGUGGGUUACACAAAAAAAGCAUUUAAAUUAUUUAAUGACAUGAAAAAGAGAGCUUUAAAACCCACAGGUGAUACUUACACAUGUUUGUUUCAUGCAUGUAGCAAUAGUCCAUGGGCUAAAGAUGGAUUAUUGCAUGCAAAAAAUUUAAGAUCUUUAAUGAUUGAAAAAGGUAUAGAGCCCAAUUUAACAAAUUAUAAUGCAAUGAUCAAAGCAUUUGGGAGAUGUGGAGAUAUUGCAACAGCAUUUCAAAUUGUUGAUGAGAUGAUAUCUAAAAAAAUCAAAAUCCGAGUUCACACAUUGAACCACCUUUUACAUGCUUGUAUUUCUGACAAAGAGUCUGGCUUAAGACAUGCCCUUGUUGUUUGGAGGAAAAUGUUGAGAAUGAGAGAAAAACCUAAUCUUUUUUCAUUCAAUCUCAUGCUAAGAUGUGUCAAAGAUUGUAACUUGGGUUCCAAAAAUGAUAUUGAAGAAUUGGUAUGUUUACUCAGAGAACACAUUGCAAUUGGAUCAAGGCAUGUUGAAGUUAUGCAAAUUGAAUCUUCAGAAGCAAAACCCCAUAUCAGUGAUGAUAAUAAAAUAUUGCAAUCUUUGCCAGGUGAAAAUGUAGAAAAUUCUAAUGAGAUUAUUGUAAGUGACAAAAAUAAUGAUAGAGAUUCUGUUAAUAUUACUAUAACAAAUAAUUUAUCUAAACAUACACAAGUGGAAGACAGAAGAACUGUACCUAAUUUACUUUCAAAAAUUGUGCAAAUGCAGCAAGUACUGUCUUUACAAGAAGUACACUCUGUCCAAGAUAAAUUUGCCAUUGUGGGUGGGCAAGAUGACUUUCUGAAGGAAAUGCAAAUCUACUCAGUCAACCCAGAUAUCAAAACAUUUACUCAAAUGCUUCCACUGAUAGAUAAUACACCAGAAGCUGAAAAUCACUUACUUGAAACCAUGAAAACUCAAGGAAUCAGAGCUGAUAUUGAUUUCUACAAUAAUCUUAUAAAGAAGAGAUGUUUAAGAACAGAUUAUGAUGGUGCAUUUGCUGUCAAAGACUUGGUUGAAGAAGAAUGUAAAAUUCGGAACAAAAAGAUACAUCCCCUGAAAAAGAAAUUCAGACUGAAAUUCAAUAUAAUGACAUAUGGUGUAUUAGCACUAGCUUGCAGAACAAAAGAAAGUGCGGAUAAGUUAUUAACUGAAAUGAAUGAAAAUAAAUUGAAGGUAAACAUUGAAAUCUUAGGAACACUAUUAAAAAAUGGUGCUAUGAAUAUGGACUUUAAAUAUGUUUUGUACAUAAUGGAAAAAGUUAAAGAAGAGAAUAUUAAAGUAAAUGAAGCAUUUUUAAAACAUUUGGAAACAUUAUCUGAUAGGUGUACAAAGAGAAUAGCUCAGGCACAAACUACUCCUACUCCAUCAGCAAACGCAGUUAUGAGAGGUUCUAAAAACUUCUUGAAAGUCUAUAAAACUUGGCUAAAGGAAGUAAAUGUUUAUGAACAUCUGAAACCAGAACACCCAUGGCAGCAGUUUGAAGAAACAUAUCCAGAGACAGUACAGCGUUCUAAUGUAGAAAUAAAGGAGCCUAAAAGAUUUUAUAAACGAAAUCGAAAAUUUGUGCAGUAUAAACUGUAAUAAAAUAACAUUAUAAUA